GCGGGAAGGGGCAAAAUGGCGGAAUAGGGGCGAGGCGGCGUGGCCAGCGCUCACCGUGCCGCGUCCCGCGCAGGAGGCGGGCGGGUCCCCGUGCGGCGGUCGGCUGCGGUGCGAGGCGGAGCGGGGACGAGGAGAAGGAGAAGAGCGUCGGUGCCGCAGCCGCCAUCAUGCCCAACAUCAAGAUCUUCAGCGGGAGCUCGCACCAGGACCUGUCGCAGAAGAUCGCGGACCGCCUCGGCCUGGAGCUGGGCAAGGUGGUCACUAAGAAGUUCAGCAACCAGGAGACAUGUGUGGAAAUAGGCGAGAGUGUACGUGGGGAGGACGUCUACAUUGUGCAGAGUGGCUGUGGUGAAAUCAAUGACAAUCUGAUGGAGCUCCUUAUCAUGAUAAAUGCCUGUAAGAUUGCCUCUGCCAGCAGAGUCACAGCUGUCAUACCCUGCUUCCCUUAUGCUCGGCAGGACAAAAAGGACAAGAGUCGAGCUCCAAUCUCUGCCAAGCUGGUUGCAAACAUGCUGUCUGUGGCAGGUGCAGAUCAUAUAAUCACCAUGGACCUGCAUGCAUCUCAGAUUCAGGGCUUUUUUGAUAUCCCUGUUGAUAACUUAUAUGCUGAGCCUGCUGUACUGAAGUGGAUCAAAGAGAAUAUUGCAGAGUGGAAGAACUGCACCAUUGUUUCACCAGAUGCCGGUGGAGCCAAGAGAGUGACCUCCAUUGCAGAUCGAUUGAAUGUAGACUUCGCCCUCAUUCACAAGGAGCGCAAGAAGGCAAACGAAGUGGAUCGCAUGGUCCUGGUGGGUGAUGUGAAAGACAGAGUGGCCAUUCUGGUAGAUGAUAUGGCAGACACAUGUGGUACCAUCUGUCAUGCUGCAGACAAGCUUGUGUCAGCAGGAGCCACCAAAGUUUAUGCUAUCCUAACUCACGGGAUCUUUUCUGGGCCGGCAAUCUCUCGGAUCAACAACGCCUGUUUUGAGGCAGUUGUGGUCACAAACACGAUACCCCAGGAGGACAAGAUGAAGCAGUGCCCUAAAAUCCAGGUGAUUGACAUCUCGAUGAUCCUUGCAGAGGCCAUCAGGAGGACUCAUAAUGGGGAAUCUGUCUCCUACCUGUUCAGCCAUGUCCCUUUAUAACAAGAGGUGUCAGCUGCUGCUUGUAUGGCUUGUUUUUUAAAACCAAAAGUUGUUCAGCUUGUUGUAAAGUUCAGUAGAAGACUCUGCUUGUUCCAGUGCAGCUCUCCACAGCACCUCCUGCUUAAGUCAGCCUUACUGGCUCUGAUCCCAACACUGGGAGGCUGGAGGGGGGAAGCUCAUCUCUAACACUCCCAACUCCACCAGCAGCCCUGUGCAUGGGGGCUCAGCAGUAAUACUGACUCAUCUCUGCAGGUCUGUGGAGAGCAGGACUGACCCAUGGCUUACUGCCACAAUUGUUUUGGGGGAGGGUUAGAUGAUCUGGCAUGCAAACCCUAAAUUGCUUGGGAAGUAGAGCUCCCUAGGACGUGUUGAUGUGGAUCUACAGCAAGAGCCCGAGAGACUGCUGGCUGUCUUACCCCUCUAUACCUGAUAGAAGCCCUUCAAGAGCGAUGGGGAAGGUUUGUAUCUUGGCCAAGCUUGACCCUAGGUAAAACCCUGGGGGACACCUGGGGGGUGGUUCUGCUACAGCUUUCUCCCAUGGAAGGAGGUCAGUGUUGCUUUCAACCUUGAGUUAAUCUUAUUAAUGAAAUUAGAUGUCCUUUUAGCAUGCU